CAGUGUAAUCACGUGUGAUGUGAACAGAUCGGCGAUUGGGCAAAACUAAUCAAGCGUAUGGAACGUUGAGCCAUGUACGGAAGCCGAACAAGGACCUGCUGGUGGAUUUUUGAAUCUGACAUGACAGCUAUUUCUCACACAGAGCCAGAGCUACUUAUCGUAACAGAAAGGGGGUUCGGGAUUAUCUCUUUGCUAUAAAAACAAAGUGAGAGAUCCAAACCCUUUGCUACUAAAUACAUCUGGAUUGCAUCUGCCAUUCUGUAAAUGCUCAUUGCCACGGUACCGGUAGCUACUGCUAACAAAGCAAUUACGGAUCUGACAAAUCGGUGCGACCAGGAUGGAGUGGCAGCCGGAUGAACAGGGUUUGCAGCAGGUGCUUCAGCUGCUGAAGGACUCCCAGUCUCCGGACACAGCCACACAGAGAGCUGUGCAGGAAAAACUGGAACAGCUCAACCAGUUCCCAGACUUCAAUAACUAUCUCAUCUUCGUCCUUACAAGCCUCAAAUCAGAAGAUGAGCCGACCCGUUCUCUAAGUGGUCUCAUAUUGAAGAACAAUGUGAAAGCCCAUUACCAGAACUUUCCUCCUCUGGUCGCUGACUUCAUCAAGAGGGAAUGUCUCAACAACAUCGGAGAUCCCUCGCCCCUCAUCAGAGCAACCAUAGGCAUCUUGAUAACAACCAUAGCAUCUAAAGGAGAGCUGCAGACAUGGCCUGAACUCCUCCCUCAACUCUGUAACCUGCUCAACUCUGAAGACUACAAUACCUGCGAGGGUUCUUUCGGAGCACUGCAGAAGAUCUGUGAGGAUUCUUCAGAGCUGUUGGACAGCGAUGCUCUCAACAGACCCCUGAACAUCAUGAUCCCUAAGUUCCUACAGUUCUUUAAACACUGCAGCCCAAAGAUCAGGUCUCAUGCCAUAGCGUGUGUGAAUCAGUUCAUCAGCAGUAGAGCCCAGGCUCUGAUGGAUCACAUCGACACCUUCAUCGAGAGUCUGUUUGCUCUAGCGGGGGAUGAGGACUGUGAGGUGAGGAAGAACGUGUGUAGAGCUCUGGUCAUGCUGCUGGAGGUCCGGAUAGACCGACUCAUACCACACAUGCACAGCAUCAUACAGUACAUGCUCCAGCGUACCCAGGACCCAGAUGAGAAUGUCAGUCUGGAGGCCUGUGAGUUCUGGCUCACCCUGGCUGAGCAGCCCGUCUGCAAGGAGGCCCUGUCUGGGCACCUGGUCCAACUCAUCCCUAUCCUGGUGAAUGGGAUGAAGUACUCUGAGAUAGACAUCAUCCUCCUAAAGGGAGAUGUAGAGGAGGAGGACGACACCGUACCAGACAGUGAGCAGGACAUCAAGCCUCGCUUCCACAAGUCACGCACUGUCACCCUGCAACACGAGGGAGGAGAGGGGGAGGAGGGGGAGGACCACGACGAUGACGAUGACGACGAUGACACGCUCUCCGACUGGAACCUGCGGAAGUGUUCAGCGGCAGCGUUAGACGUGUUGGCUAACGUGUUUCGUGAUGAGCUCCUCCCCCACCUGCUGCCCCUGCUGAAGGGCCUGUUGUUCCACCCAGACUGGGUCGUCAAGGAGUCUGGAAUACUGGUGCUGGGGGCUAUCGCUGAGGGUUGUAUGCAGGGCAUGGUUCCCUACCUACCAGAGUUGAUGCCUCACCUCAUCCAGUGUCUCUGUGAUAAGAAGGCCCUGGUGCGCUCCAUCGCCUGCUGGACCCUGUCCCGCUACGCCCACUGGGUGGUCAGCCAGCCCCCCGACUCCCACCUCAAACCCCUCAUGACUGAACUCCUCAAGAGGAUCCUGGACGGGAACAAGAGGGUUCAGGAGGCCGCCUGCAGUGCGUUUGCCACCCUAGAGGAGGAGGCCUGUACAGAGCUGGUUCCCUAUCUGAGCUUCAUUCUGGAUACUCUGGUCUUCGCCUUUGGAAAAUACCAACACAAGAACCUGCUCAUACUGUACGACGCCAUAGGAACACUGGCGGACUCCGUAGGACACCACCUCAACCAACCGGAGUACAUAGAGAAGCUGAUGCCUCCUCUCAUCGCCAAGUGGAAUGAGUUGAAGGAUGAAGACAAGGACCUGUUUCCUCUGUUAGAGUGUCUGUCCUCUGUAGCUACAGCCCUCCAGAGUGGCUUCCUGCCCUACUGUGAACCAGUCUACCAGCGCUGUGUUACACUGGUGCAGAAAACACUGGCUCAGGCUAUGAUGUACAGCCAGCAGCCGGACCAGUACGAAGCUCCUGAUAAGGACUUUAUGAUCGUGGCCCUGGACCUCCUCAGUGGUCUGGCUGAGGGCCUGGGGGGCCACGUUGAUCAGCUAGUGUCCCGGAGCAACAUCAUGACACUACUGUUUCAGUGCAUGCAGGACACCAUGCCAGAGGUGAGACAGAGCUCCUUCGCCCUGCUGGGUGAUCUGACCAAGGCCUGCUUCCCUCACGUCAAACCCUGCAUCGCUGAGUUCAUGCCUAUUCUAGGGACCAACCUGAACCCAGAGUUCAUCUCUGUGUGUAACAACGCUACCUGGGCCAUUGGAGAGAUCUGCAUGCAGAUGGGUGUAGAGAUGCAGCCCUAUGUGUCUCUGGUUCUGAACCAGCUGGUAGAGAUCAUCAACAGACCCAACACACCCAAGACCCUGCUGGAGAACACUGCCAUUACGAUUGGUCGCCUGGGCUACGUGUGUCCUCAGGAGGUGGCUCCGAUGCUCCAGCAGUUCAUCAGACCGUGGUGUACGUCCCUACGGAACAUCCGUGACAACGAGGAGAAAGACUCCGCCUUCAGAGGGAUCUGCAUGAUGAUUGGUGUAAACCCUGGGGGAGUGGUCCAGGACUUCAUCUUCUUCUGCGAUGCCGUGGCGUCCUGGGUCAGCCCUAAAGACGACCUGAGAGACAUGUUCUACAAGAUCCUCCAUGGUUUUAAGGACCAGGUAGGAGAGGAGAACUGGCAGCAGUUCUCAGAACAGUUUCCCCCCCAGCUGAAGGAGAGACUGUCUGCCUGCUACGGCGUGUAGAAACCCCCCCCUAACCUAACAUCAGGUGAGCCAGUAGUAGAGGAGGAAGGUGAAAAGGAAUCUCAUCCAUCUGUGUUAAUGCCCUGAACUGAUCUGGGGGAGGGGGAGAGGGACCCAUCACGCCAUUGGCUGCUCCCCCUGACAGACGGCCCCCACGCCCUAUGUAUUUCUCCAUAGCGGGAGGGUGGGCGGGACUUGGGGAGGGACAGGGGGACACCUCUAGAUUAAAGAUUAAGGGGACCCAACCAACACAGAGAAACCAACUAAGGUAGGGACAGAUAGAGGGGGGUACCUACAUUCAGAAGGAAAAUGUUCCAACGCAGAAACGGGUAGGGACAGAUAGAGAAUGAAGAGUGAGGGAAAGAGGGGUAGGUAGAGGCCAGCUAGACUACAGUAGAGAGGGGUAGGUAGAGGCCAGCUAGACUACAGUAGAGAGGUAGGUAGGGGCCAGCUAGACUGCAGUAGAGAGGGGUAGGUAGGAGCCAGCUAGACUACAGUAGAGAGGGGUAGGUAGAGGCCAGCUAGACUACAGUAGAGAGGUAGGUAGGGGCCAGCUAGACUGCAGUAGAGGGGUAGGUAGAGGCCAGCUAGACUACAGUAGAGAGGGGUAGGUAGGGGCCAGCUAGACUACAGUAGGUAGGGGCCAGCUAGACUACAGUAGAGAGGUAGGUAGGGGCCAGCUAGACUACAGUAGAGGUAGGUAGGGGCCAGCUAGACUACAGUAGAGAGAGGUAGGUAGGGGCCAGCUAGACUACAGUAGAGAGGGGUAGGUAGGGGCCAGCUAGACUGCAGUAGAGAGGGGUAGGUAGAGGCCAGCUAGACUGCAGUAGAGAGGGGUGGGUAGGUAGGGUCCAGCUAGACUGCAGUAGAGAGGGGUGGGUAGGUAGGGUCCAGCUAGACUGCAGUAGAGAGGGGUAGGUAGAGAGGCCAGCUAGACUACAGUAGAGAGAGGUAGGUAGGGGCCAGCUAGACUACAGUAGAGAGAGGUAGGUAGGGGCCAGCUUGACUGCAGUAGAGAGAGGUAGGUAGGGGCCAGCUUGACUACAGUAGAGAGAGGUAGGUAGGGGCCAGCUUGACUACAGUAGAGAGAGGUAGGUAGGGGCCAGCUAGACUACAGUAGAGAGGGGUAGGUAGGGGUCAGCUUGACAACAGUGAGGUAGGUAGGGGCCAGCUUGACUACAGUAGAGCGAGGUAGGUAGGGGCCAGCUAGACUGUAGUAGAGAGGUAGGGGCCAGGUAGACUGCAGUAGAGAGGUAGGUAGGGGCCAGCUAGACGACAGAAGAGAGAGGUAGGUAGAGAGGCCAGCUAGACUAUAGUAGAGAGAGGUAGGUAGAGGCCAGCUAGACUACAGAAGAGGGAAAGAGACUUAACAGAUUUAAAUCAGACUGUAGAAAACAAUCCACCACACAGAGAGCCAUAGACAGAGAGACUGACAGACACUCCCACAGUAAGACACGCACACUUGCAAUACCUAGAGCUUUGUGUAGAUGGCGCUGUUACACUAGUCAGACUCUGACACUACCAGUAAGGGAUUAACAGUCAGUGAGGGACAGACAGCGUGUUGGGGACAGACAGCGUGUUGGGGACAGACAGGUAGGUGUCUAGCCUCUGUUUAUUUCUGGGAGAUAGCUGUUUUUUUCCGGGGUAAAGGAUCUUCUAUAUGAAUUAAUAUUCCUCCUGUUACUCGAUCACUGGUUCACUGCUGAUCUCUCCUCCACCAAGCAUGUUUUGGUUUCUGUCCUUUUCCCUAAGGAAUGCUUUCUUCCAUAUAACUAUCAUGAGAUAAUUCUCAUGUUCUCUUCUAGAUAGACGGGGGAUAACUAACCUCUUGGUUCAUACGAGUCAUCAUUAUAAGAGGGAGAGAAAUAGGGGCUUAAAUAAUACCUGUUAUUCUUAGGUAAAGUUAGGAAACUACAGAUCACAGCCUCUCGCCUCUAGUUGUACCUGUUUGUGUGCCGUGUCUGAGUUUGUUUACCUAUUGUUUACUGUACGUGACACUGUUGAUUGUUUUUAAUAAGGUAACGAUUUAACACUUGACUCCUCCCACCCUAUUGUCCUCCACCUGUAAACUGUGACCAACUGUGUGUUGCCAUAGUGAUAUCUUGAGGAAAGAGAUUAAACCCAGAAUUGUUUAUCCUGAUAACGUGUUACAGGAGGUCCAGAUUCUGUUGCUUUUUGUUUAUUAUUUUUUAAUUUGCUGCUACUGUUUUUUUUUUAGUUUCCAUGGUGAGCUUAAAUGAACACAAACAACACAUUUGUUUAUUUUUAUUUUUGUGGUUUUGCACUUUUAAUUUUUUAUUUUUGUAUUAAGGAUUUUUUUAAACUUCCCUCAUAAAGGACAUCUGAAUUUUACAGUCCGUGUUCUAUUGUCUCUUACUUACUGGGAAAACAGAAGCUCUAUUGUCUCUUACUGGGAAAACAGAAGCUCUAUUGUCUUACUUACUGGGAAAACAGAAGCUCUAUUGUCUCUUACUUACUGGGAAAACAGAAGCUCUAUUGUCUCUUACUUACUGGGAAAACAGAAGCUCUAUUGUCUCUUACUUACUGGGAAAACAGAAGCUCUAUUGUCUCUUACUUACUGGGAAAACAGAAGCUCUAUUGUCUCUUACUUACUGGGAAAACAGAAGCUCUAUUGUCUCUUACUGGGAAAACAGAAGCUCUGUUGUCUCUUACUGGGAAAACAGAAGCUCUAUUGUCUCUUACUUACUGGGAAAACAAAAGUAGGAAUACGAAAGUGGCAAAUAAAAAGUUAGUGAAACUGCGAGUAAUCUGCACUUUUACAGCGACUGACUGUGUACGUUUUGUAUUUUCUAGGGAGACGAGGUUGUAGCUGGAACUAGCCUACUGUGUGUGUGAGAAUAGUGUUGUCCUUUUAACUUGUCUUCACUUUGUUCCAAGAUAAGAGCACAAUGUCCCUCCAACAGGACAGCGGAGCGAGGACUCAUACAGACAGACGGCAACAUCCUCCGUCCCAAAUGCCACUCUAUUCCCUAUAUAUAUAUUCCUCAUAGGGCUCUGGUCAAAAGUAGUGCAUUUUAAAGGGAAUGUUGCCGUUUUGUAUGCAGGCACAGACACCAUAGAGUUAGAGGAUGCACAUGAACAGAAACCGUUAUUGAACAUGUGCCCUCUAGCCAACUUCAUGUACAGUAUAGACAGCUGUGAGGCCCAGCACCUUUUUAAAGACUAUGUUUCCCACGUUCGUGGAGACCGCAUUCACGGUAAACGCUGCUUAUGUCAGCUCAAUUGGAAAUGACCUUUAAAUGUCAUGAGGCAGAUCUAAUGAGGAUUUGAAUGAAUCCCAGCCUUAGUGUCAUUAAAGGGGACGUUCAGUAUUUUGGACUUUGGCUUUUAAAGUUAGCUGAAGUUUUUAGUGGCUGUAAAAAGAAAUCGAACCAGGGACUUCAGUUUCUCCUGAACCAUUGAACACUUUCAGGGUGAGGAACAAUCUAACAUUAAGUUGUAAAAUCCUGAACUUCCCCUUUUAAUAUCCAUAUUAUCUCAGCUUCAGUGAAUUUGGACACAUUUUGCACAGAUGUAUAGAUGACGGACUGACCAGGACUGUGAUCAUAGAAGCGAUAAACUAAUCAAUGUAUCAUUCAACAAAGACAAUCUACAUCUCCCCAUUCUGCUAUCUCUAUUUCUAUCAGUUUAGAUUUGAGCUUUUUGUAUCCAUUUAAAUUAAUUUGGAUGUUUUUUUUUUGUCAGGUUUACAAUGUUCUGUAGUAGAUCGUUUUGGACUCGUUAUGAUAUUGUGAUGACUUAAUUGGUUCAUUAAUAAAUGCAAUCAAGUGUC